AUGGCUCCCCCUCGCCGAAAGGUCCUGGCUACGGCCGAAGGAACGAUGUUUCCACCGGACGAGCUAUCUAGCACCCAACAAAUUGUCCGAGCAAUCAAGGCCACCGGAAAUAACAUUUACCUGAUUGAACAAGCCGACAAGACUCAAAUGCUCGUCGAGUUGCCUGCCCGGUUCCGGUCAACCUUUUGGAUCAAACGUGGAUCAUAUGUUGUCAUUGAUACCCAGGCACAGGAGGAGCGGGAUAAUAAGAUUGGCGGGGAGAUCAUCAACAUUGUUCGUGAUGAGAAAGCGUGGAGGAAAGCUUCUUUCUGGCCAAAGGAAUUCGUCAAGCAGCCCGUGGCUGUUGCCGACUCCGACUCCGAGGAGGAAGAAUCUCGAGUUGGAAUGAUGCCGUCGUCUGAUGAAUCCGAUGCAUGA